AUUGUUAAAAAGUUGAGAAUAUAUUAGAGCUCUAGUUUUUGUAAAUUUUAUUCCUGAGGAUCUUGAGAUUUAGCUAUCAGUGGAAAAGUCAUCUCUCUUUUUGUUUUUUGGUUAAUAAUAAGCAUGUGUACCCUGUGUUGAGAAUAUUUUUUUUGAAGAAGUAUAAAAGGAUUUUUUCUUCUUUUUUUGUAUACGUGUAUAUAUAUAUGUAAAGUCGACAUUGUAUUCUUGUUCCCUUUUGAUAGCUGAUGGAAAAUUCAAGUUUUAUUUGUUGAAUGUUUGACGUCUUGCGAUUCAUUCAAUGUUGAAUAGAAAUAGUCAACUAGUUUAUAAUUGCACCUCUUUAUAGUAAGUUCAUAAAAUCUCAGAUUAUGAAGGAGAAGAAAAUAGGAUUUACAGAAUUACCUAUAGGAAGGCAAAUACUAUCCAUAUUGAUAGAUAAUAACCUUCUUGAAGUCAUUCCGUCAGUGCAGAAUACCUAUGGCCUUCUCUGCUUUUUAUGCUUUCAUCCAGAUCGGAAUAGUGGUCAGCAGUUUUGGUUAUGCUUUGUGGUCCGGGACCCUCUAUUGAAUAUGAAUAUACUGAUGGAUGGAAGGUGUUGUCUUGUCAGGGUUUCAGCGUAGUUCUUCCUGAGAAAUUGCAGACAGGAAAAUGGAAUGUGUAUAGAUCUGCACGAUCUCCUCUGAAGCUUGUUACUAGAUUUCCUGAUCAUCCUGAAAUUGGGACAGUACACGAUAUCUUUGUAAAUUCGGUUCAAACCUUUCAGGAUUACAAAUAUUUGGGUUCACGCAUUCGUGUAGAUGGAACUGUUGGAGAGUACAAAUGGAUGACAUAUGGAGAGGCAGGGACUGCUCGGACUGCAAUUGGUUCUGGAUUUCACUAUUAUGGAUUACAACCGGGUGCUCGUGUGGGACUUUACUUCAUAAAUAGGCCUGAGUGGAUGAUUGUAGACCAUGCCUGUUCAGCAUAUUCAUAUACUUCAGUCCCUCUAUAUGACACUCUUGGUCCUGAUGCUGUUAAAUAUAUUGUCAAUCAUGCUGAUGUACAAGCCAUUUUUUGUGUGCCAACUACCUUGAACACGUUGUUGACCUUUUUAUCAGAGAUUCCAUCUGUACGUUUGAUUGUGGUAGUGGGUGGGAUAGAUGAACAUCUCCCAUCUCUUCCAUCUACAACAGGAAUGAAGCUCAUAUCGUACACAAGGCUUCUGAGCCAGGGCCGCAGCAGUAUGCAACCCUUUUGCCCUCCCAGGCCUGAAGACAUAGCUACGAUAUGCUAUACAAGCGGUACCACGGGGACACCAAAGGGUGUUGUAUUAUCCCAUGCGAACCUGGUAGCAAGUGUUGCAGGCAUGACCCUUGCAAUCAAGUUUUAUUCAUCUGACAUAUACAUAUCCUAUCUUCCCCUGGCGCACAUCUAUGAACGUGCCAACCAAAUUUCAGCGGCAUAUUUUGGUGUUGCUAUUGGAUUCUACCAGGGGGACAAUCUGAAAUUGAUGGAUGAUUUGGUGACACUUAGACCUACUGUAUUUAGCAGUGUUCCUCGUCUUUACAACAGGAUAUAUGCUGGGAUCACAAAUGCCGUACAAACUUCUGGUGUACUGAAGCAGAGACUAUUUCAUGCUGCCUACAACUCCAAGAAGCAGGCUGUGAUGAACGGUAGAAAGCCGUCACCAAUGUGGGAUAGGUUGGUGUUCAACAAAAUAAAGGACAAACUGGGGGGGCGAGUUCGUAUUCUGACCUCAGGUGCCUCACCACUGUCCCCUGACGUGAUGGAGUUCUUGAAAGUAUGUUUUGGCUGCCAAGUAAUUGAAGGGUAUGGCAUGACUGAGACUUCGUGUGUCAUAAGCACAAUGGAUGACACUGAUAACUUAACUGGUCAUGUUGGUUCUCCGAAUCCUGCAUGUGAGAUAAAGCUCGUGGAUGUUCCCGAAAUGAGUUACACAUCAGAGGAUCAACCUCAUCCUCGUGGAGAGAUUUGUGUUAGAGGCCCUAUAAUUUUUGAAGGCUAUUACAAAGAUGAAGUGCAGACGAAGGAGGUAAUUGACGAUGACGGUUGGCUGCAUACUGGUGAUAUUGGAUUAUGGUUACCUGGAGGCCGCUUGAAGAUUAUUGACAGGAAGAAAAAUAUCUUCAAGUUGGCGCAGGGUGAAUACAUUGCCCCUGAGAAAAUUGAGAACGUUUAUGCUAAAUGCAAAUUUAUUGCACAAUGCUUCGUCUAUGGUGAUAGCUUUAAUUCCUCUUUAGUAGCGGUAGUUUGUGUAGAGCCAGAUGUCUUGAAGGAAUGGGCAUCAUCUGAGGGAAUCAAGUAUGAAGAUUUGGGACAACUUUGCAAUGAUCCAAGAGCAAGGGCGGCAGUUCUUGCUGAGAUGGAUGCUGUCGGAAGGGAUGCUCAGUUGAGAGGUUUUGAAUUUGUAAAAGCUGUAACAUUGACUAUCGAGCCUUUCACAAUUGAAAAUGGUCUUCUUACUCCCACGUUCAAGGUUAAGAGACCGCAGGCGAAGGCUUAUUUCGCCAAAGCUAUAUCUGAUAUGUAUAAUGAGCUUUCUACAUCAGAUCCAGCAUCCCAGAAAGCACUAUGACCU